AUGUAUAUUGUUAGUUUUUUAGUAAUAUUGAUAUGUGGAGUGAUGACCCAUAAUAAUGAUCAAUCAGCAGUGAUGGCUACAUCAAACUAUUCAAUACCAAUUGCUGGAAGAUAUCAAUGGAAUGAGAAUCAUGGUUAUUGUGGCGAGGUCAGCUUCAUUAGUGCCGGUCUGCACUUUGGCCAAUACGUCAGCCAGUAUGAGACACGUGCGCUCGCCAGUCCAGGCGUGCCCCAGAACAAAGCCAGCAGCCAACUUCUGAUCGGUGUCAAUGGCGCCAAGGCCGCAUCGGCCAUGCGUCUCAACUACGAGGAGUGGGACACGGUGGCCGAGAACAACACCGACUACUUCUUGCUCUGGAUCAAGCAGCACGUGGCCCAGGGACACCCCGUAGUCAUCGGCGUCUACAUGAACCAGUAUCGUUUCGACGGCAACACAAGCCCGUCGGCGGGCGACCCCCAAUACGACCACAUCGUGCCCGUGAUCGGCACUUCAACCAACCACUCUGUCAACUCGUACCAUGGCUCUGACACGCUGACACUCUCAGACAAUGCAGAGUGGGAGCGCGACGACAACCCACCCUACUUCUUCACGUACCGCUUCGACGAGUUCCAGUUGUCGCGCAAGCAGGCCAACGCAAAGAACGGCCCGCUGUACUCGACAGCCGACAAUGCAGAGAACUACGGCAUUGCCUUGACGGGCGUGGUCGACCUCAAGCACGAGACAUUGCCCGUGAGCGUCGAGACCAACGUCAACUACGAGCGACCAGAGAUCAAGGAUGGCACGAGCACCCGUCCUGCGGCCAUGCCCCUCACUCUCACCAUCACUGUCCACGACGUCGUCCCCAAUGUGUCAUACGUGUUGUACAAGUACACCAGCUUCAACGAUGUGCCAGAGAGCGACUUCAACGGCAACUCUGGCAAUGCUGCCUCUGCCAUCAAGUUCACCAUCGACUCUGGCUCGACCUACACCACCACCGACGCCAUCCAAUCAGACGAACUCGCCAUCUACCGAUGU